AUGGAGGAGGAGCAACUUGAUAGAGAAGGGGUCAGCGAGGGGCGCGUGGCGAAAGGCUGCCGUAGUCUUAGCGUUGGCCGCGGAAGACGACAAACGGCUGACGGCACAACCACCAAUAAGCUUCCUGUCUCCCCGGUCGGCAAACCCACGCUAUCGGCCGGUCGGCAAACCCACGCUAUCGGCCGCGGCGUCCUCUUCUUCACCGUCAUCGUCCUCAUUGGCACCGGAUGGUCCUUCCUGAAGCCCUUCCUCCAGGACCGCGAGAAGAAGGUGCUCAUGAUCGUGAUCCCCCUUCAGGUCCUUGCGAACAUUGCCUCCGCCGUGAUCGGCGAGACCGGGCCAUUCAUCCAGGGUUGGGUGACGUGGAACCAGGUCUUCCUUUUGAUCGACAUCGCCUGCUGCUGUGCUAUCAUAUUCCCGAUCAUCUGGUCGAUAAGAACCCUGAAGGAGACUUCCAAGACUGAUGGCAAGGCCGCAAGGACUCUCGCCAAGCUCUCUCUUUUUCGGCAAUUUUACAUGGCCGUGAUUGGAUACUUGUACUUCACAAGGAUCGUGGUGUAUGCUUUGAAGACGAUCGCAUCCUACAAGUAUCGGUGGGUGAGCGUGGCGGCAGAGGAGACUGUGAGCUUUGCUUUUUAUGUCGUCAUGUUUUAUAUGUUCAGGCCAAAGGAGAGGAACGAGUACUUUGCGCUUGAUGAUGAGGAAGAGCAGGCUGCUGAAGCUGCACUGCGGGAAGAGGAAUUCGAGCUUUGAAUCCAAGAAAUGCUGUGCAUUACAAGAUUGAAGUUCGAUAUUAGACCAUCACAAGUUCUAUCUGGUUUUGAACCUAGUGGUCAUCAAAUGUAACUGGAGAUGAGUAGUUUCAGUGCUAGCUUACGCAGGACAAUUGAAAUCACAUCAAAAACCAAUGAGGGAUGGGGCACUACUGUUGUAUUCACUCGAGUUUGUCAGACAUCAUCACAUGAAGAUGAUAAAUUCAUGUGUUUCAAUAUAUCUGAGAAGUCUAUUUGGCCAUAACUGGAAGAACUGGAUUGACAGCUCUUUUAAGUUGAAACUUGAUGGUGUAAGUACCACUUUCACUUUGAAUGAUUUAAGUGCCAUAUAUUUCUCA